AAAUGGGCUACCCUGUUGGUAUACUCUACGCAGAGGGCUGCUAAUCUGCGACCAGAAGACAUAUCUGAAGACGCUUUUGCAGCAAAUGCGACACGAACAUCGCGGGAAGCUCCUGUGCAUCCACUCUACAAAUUCUUCAUGAAGCGGAAAGCGUACGGCGCAGGCAUCGUUGCUGUGUGCGUACCUCAAAGAUUGUUCUUUGUGAGGGACUUUGCGGAGCAGACUGAAAUAAGGGACACUCCAGAGCAGCAUAGAAUUUGCCAGGAUGAAGCAAAGUUCCCUUGCGCGUUAAACGGCACUGUUGAGCAAGAAGCCGCUGUCAUUUCCCAUGACACGCGCGGGACGUUGGAAAGAGCAGAGGCUAUGGCACCAGCAACUAAACAAAGUAAAAAGCAUCAGAACAAAAGCGUUUCCUUCAGAGCAGCACAAGCAGUGAGUUCACCUCUGGCGUUAGCGUCGCAGCUGAGAAAGUGGUUUGAGGAUGCAGAAAAGCGAACUGCACCGGACUGGUGGCGAGAUCUCGCUUCGACGGGUGGAGCACAGUUCCUUAGCCAGAUGUGCCUCCGGGUUGUGAUGAAGCAUGUGUACGGUCCCUUGCAGAUGCGCGUGCAAGUUCCGAGGCGCGACGCGUGGACGUAUAACGCAAUUGUCGGAGAUGGGGUGAAGGUGCUGCAUCGUCUUGCAAAGCCUACUCCUGUCGCAGGGGGGAAUUGCUACGAGGUCUACAUAGGAAAAAGGAGCACGCAGGCAACUGGAAUAAUUCCAUUUUCGACAGACGACCCGCUCGACAUAUUUGUUGUUUACGUGUUGCGCCGACAGCGACGACAGCCUUGCGACGUGAGAGACGAUGUGCUUCUGAGUGAAUCAGGACUCCGCGGAAUCUUUGUCCUACCUCGUGCAGUUUUGAUGCAGCAUUUUGUGGACCCAGCAGUUAGAAACGAAGGUAGCAUUCGCUUGGGCGUCUAUCAUCCUGAUGCGAAGCCGCGCACUUCACGAUGUGCGUCACGCAAAAGCGAGCUCGACAAAUAUUUUAUCGAUUUCGAAAAGUUCCACAACAACUAUUCCGUUGAAGCCAUGAAAAAUAUAGUUCAGAAAGAAUCCGUAAUCUGUCACGCAGAAUUAGAAAAGGUACGGCAAGUUUUUGAUAACGUAAUGGUAGAUGCAAAGGACAAGGAGAAUGAGUAAGCUGCUAGACUCGUUGCUAUCGAUGAUUGUUGGGAGCAGUAAAACCGAUCUCCACCAUGAGACUCCUGAGCGGAUCGUAGGC